CCUCCUCAUAGUCCCCCUCCUCCUCACAGUUUCCCUCCUCCUCACAGUCCCCCUCCUCCUCAAAGUUUCCCUCCUCCUCACAGUCCCCCUCCUCCUCACAGUCCCCCUCCUCCUCACAGUCUCCCUCCUCCUCACAGUCCCCCUCCUCCUCACAGUCCCCCUCCUCCUCACAGUCCCCCUCCUCCUCACAGUUUCCCUCCUCCUCACAGUCCCCCUCCUCCUCACAGUUUCCCUCCUCCUCACAGUCCCCCUCCUCCUCACAGUCCCCCUCCUCCUCACAGUCUCCCUCCCCCUCACAGUCCCCCUCCUCCUCACAGUCCCCCUCCUCCUCACAGUCCCCCUCCUCCUCACAGUCCCCCUCCUCCUCCUCACAGUUUCCCUCCUCCUCACAGUUUCCACCCUCCUCACAGUCUCCCUCCUCCUCACAGUCCUCCUCCUCCUCACAGUCCCCCUUCUCCUCACAGUCCCCCUCCUCCUCACAGUUUCCCUCCUCCUCACAGUCCCCCUCCUCCUCACAGUUUCCCUCCUCCUCACAGUCCCCCUCCUCCUCACAGUUUCCCUCCUCCUCACAGUCCCCCUCCUCCUCACAGUCCCCCUCCUCCUCACAGUCCCCCUCCUCCUCACAGUCCCCCU